AAAAUUAGAAAAGAAAUCGCGAUCAUGAAAAAAUGCGAUCACAAACAUGUAGUCAAACUAAACGAAGUCUUGGACGAUAUCAACUCAAGAAAAAUAUACCUCGUUCUAGAAUACUUGGAAAAUGGCGAAAAAAAAGGAAGACCCAUGAUGUCCUUCAAAGAAGCAAGAGCUGUAUUCAGAGACGUCCUACUCGGCUUGGAAUAUCUACACUACCAAGGUAUAAUCCACAGAGACAUAAAACCAGCAAACCUACUACUUUCAAAGGAUAACACUGUUAAAAUAUCGGAUUUCGGCGUUUCUUUUGCCUCAAAUUUAAACGAAAAUGAUCCAGAUUAUGAUGAAAAAAAUAAUGAUUACGAAUUGGCUAAAACCGCUGGAACUCCGGCGUUUUUUGCUCCUGAAUUAUGCUUCUCCUCAAAUAAUAAACUUAAACCAUCUAUUUCUUCCGAUAAUAGCAAUAAUAACAACAACAAUAAUGAAAUUGAAGAUAAUCCGCCUAAAAUUGACUACAAAAUAGAUAUAUGGGCUUUGGGUGUCACUCUAUACUGUUUACUAUUUGGCAACUUACCUUUUAACGCAGAUUCAGAAUUUGAGUUGUUUGAUGUCAUAAUUAAUCAACCCUUAUCUUUUCCUUCU